CCCGUCACACUCGCGGACGCCCGUACCGCUCUAUCGCACAGUAGCGCCGACGUCGAACUUUCACCGGGGAUAUCAACGCGGAAAAACUUGAUUAAAAACUUAUAUCGUCCAAACAACGAAACAUAUCGAGAACUUUUCAUACUUUUAUAUCGACUUUUUCGAUUGUUAUUACCGUAUUUAUAAACAUAUAUCACGCGCGUGUUGUUUACAAACAGAAAAAUGUGUUCAAAUUACUUCAAGUUAUUGUGACAGAAGGUUGUAGUGUAUGUGCAUGUGACUAGUGUGUUUAUAUUUAGCGUCUAAACGAGUUGUGUGUUGUCGUUUAACAUUUUACUGCGAACUAAAUUUGCUCAGAACCAUGUGCGAGAGCGCCUACAACUCGCCGCUUCCAACCAGAAGACUGACCGAAUCCUGCUGCAGCAGCCCCGCUCGCAGCAUCCGCAGCCACCAUAUCGAUAUUCUUUCCGAUUCCGAUGGCGAGAGCGACUUCGAUCUGGUCACGGAGACGCCGGGCACGCCCGACCAAACCGUUAUUUCCGGCUGGCUCAAGUUCCGAGACAAUAAGAAGUGGAAACAGCGAUGGGGAGUCAUCACCAAACUGUCGCCGGCUGCAGCUGAGAAUGAUGAUGAUGAAGCUGAUGAUAAAGAUGAUGAUGAAGAUGAUGAUGAAGAUGAUGAUGAAGAUGAUGAUAAAGAUGAUGAUGAAUAUAAGUUAGGAAUAGUAAACCAAUCAAUAUGUUAA